AUGACUAGUCUCACUCAGAGGCUCCUGGACAAUUGUCUGGAACACCAUACCUCUUGUGGGCCGUCUUUCACGCAACAGAAAGACGCAGUAGAGCUACCAUCUCGGAUCAUAUCCCUACAAGAUGAUAAUGGGGUUCUUUCAACCAAACUUGUAGAAACAAAAGGCUUGAAAGGCACAUACUGUGCGUUGAGUCACUGCUGGGGAUCUGAAGAUAAGCACCCACUGAAGACUACCGGGCAAAAUAUCAGCAUUCAUCUUGAAUCCAUACCAUGGAACCACCUACCAAGUACCUUUAGGGAUGCUCUCAACUUGGUCAACGCUCUCGGACUUAAGUAUCUCUGGAUCGAUUCACUUUGUAUCAUACAAGACGACAAAAGAGACUGGGAACACGAGGCAAGCAGGAUGGCAUCAGUUUAUCGCAAAGCCUUCCUCGUAAUUGCAGCUGUGAACUCCAAAGACUCCACCGAAGGCCUCGCAGGACCUCGACCUCACCUCUCACCGCCGAUGACUUUCCGUUGCCCCAUCACCAUACACAACGGUUCUGAUCAAAGCAUUCAGCAGGUCAACAUACUCCAGACAUCAGUUAAUCCGAAUUCCGAAAUACGAGGUCCUUUGCGAAAAAGAGCUUGGGCUUUUCAAGAGUGGUACCUUGGUCGGAGAAAGGUCUUUUUCACGUCACAAGACGUCAAGUGGAUCUGCAACGAGGAAGAAAUGAACGCACGUGCACACUGGAUUGAUCUAGGGCUUUAUGAAACCAAUUCUUGGCUACAUUGUCUGAACGAGUACUCGAGGAAGAGGUUGACGAUUCCAUCCGAUCGUAUAAUAGCUCUCCUCGGGAUCGUGGCGGAGCUGCAGGAGCAAAGGAACGAUUCUUUCGCCACUAAACUUGGUGUUUGGGAAGACAAUCUUGGGGAGCAGCUUCUAUGGAGACAUACGAAGGCGCCAUGCUAUGACUUUCCCGGCCUUCCAUCUUGGUGUUGGGCUGCCACUGGGGGAGCGAAACACUGGGUGAAUAAAAACUCCGACGAUUGUCUCAGUCCAGCUGUGGUGAACCGUACCACGCAAACCAUCAAUUUGACGCAGUCUGGCUCUCUGAAAGCCUCUGGCCUGCUGAUCAGGGCAACAACACCAUCAUCGUGUUUCCGAGAAUGUUGCCUGCCUAAACCCUCGUGCAUCGAUUCACUUGAGGAUGGCAUAAGGCCGGGCUACUGCGGAAAAAAAGACCACGCAGAGAGAUUUCCAGUAUAUCACGUUGGCGGUACGCACAGUAUACUUGGCAUUGGCGCCUUCGACAACUGUGCAUACCCUCCGGAAUAUUUUUGCUUCAUCCUAAGUUUCGAAAAGCGCAGCGUUUUGGACCCAUUGUAA